AUGGCUGAAUUAGUCCUCUACGUUUCUGGUCUUUUCUUCUUCAUCUUCGUAAGUAUCGUACUGAGAAAAAUAGGAAACACAAAAGCUGAGGAAACAUCUCGUAAGAUGCCGGAUGGACCUCGAAAGCUACCUAUCAUAGGUAAUAUACAUAAUCUUUUAUGCUCUCAGCCCCAUAGAAAAUUAAGAGACCUGGCCUUAAAACAUGGACCCUUGAUGCAUCUUCAACUUGGAGAGGUUUCUACCAUUGUCAUUUCAUCCCCUGAGUGUGCUAAGGAAGUGAUGAAAACCCAUGAUAUUAACUUUGCCACAAGGCCUAAAGUCCUAGCUAUUGAUGUAAUCAGUUACAACUGCACAAGCAUAGCCUUUGCUCCUUAUGGAAAUUAUUGGAGGCAGUUAAGAAAAAUUUGCACAUUGGAGCUUUUAAGCCUAAAACGUGUCAAUUCAUACCAGCCAAUCAGAGAAGAGGAUGUCUUCAAUCUUGUCAAAUGGAUAGAUGCGCAUAAAGGAUCCCCCAUCAACCUCACUGAAGCUGUUCUUUCAUCAAUUUAUACAAUUGCUUCAAGGUCUGCCUUUGGAAAGAAAUGCAAAGACCAUGAGAAAUUUAUAUCAGUGAUUAAAGAAACCACAAAACUUUCUGCAGGUUUCAACAUAGGUGAUUUCUUUCCUUCUGCUGUUUGGCUGCAACUUGUCACUGGUUUGAAACAUAAGCUUGAGAGGUUGCAUCAACAACUUGAUCAGAUACUGGAAAACAUUAUCAGUGAGCAUAAGGAGACAAAGUCUAAGGCCAAAGAUAACGAGAUUGAAGCAGAAGAUCUUGUGGAUGUUCUCAUACAAUAUGAGGAUGGUAGCAAGCAGGAUUUUUCCUUAACUAGAAACAAUAUCAAGGCCAUUAUUCUGGAUAUUUUUGCUGCUGGAGGUGAGACAUCAGCAACAGUCAUAGAUUGGGCAAUGGCUGAAAUGGUAAAGGAUCCGAGAAUAAUGAUGAAAGCACAAUCUGAACUGAGAGAGGCGUUCGGAGAGAAGGGAAUGGUUGAUGAAAAUUCCCUCAAUGAAGUCAAAUAUUUGAAACUAGUUAUCAAAGAGACCUUGAGAUUACACCCUCCAACUCCUCUUUUGCUUCCAAGAGAAUGUGGUCAAACAUGUGAGAUACAUGGUUAUCACAUACCUGCCAAAAGCAAGGUCAUAAUCAAUGCUUGGACAAUUGGAAGAGAUCCAAAUUAUUGGACUGAGCCAGAGAGAUUUUAUCCUGAAAGAUUCAUAGAUAGCAGUAUUGACUAUAAAGGAAGUAAUUUUGAGUUCAUUCCUUUUGGAGCUGGAAGAAGGAUCUGCCCAGGCAGCACAUUUGCUCUGAGAACUAUUGAACUUGCCCUUGCAAUGUUGUUGUAUCACUUUGAUUGGAAACUUCCCAGUGGAAUCACAAGUGAAGAAUUGAACAUGAGUGAGGUGUUUGGACUCACAAUGAGAAGAAAAGAUGAAAUGUACCUGGUCCCUUUUCCUUAUCAUCCUUUGCCUGUCACAUGA